UAGAAAUACUAGGAAGAAUGGUAGUUGUAUGAUAUUGUAUUAUAACUUUCCUUACUUAUUGUUAUAUAGUUAUGCAUGACUGUGAAUUGGUGCGAUGAAAAGGUAGAAUUGUCCUUAUCCACCAAACUUUCAGUUUUUGUACAAAACUUUAAAACAAAGUGCAACAAAAAUGGGUGUACCAGCAAAAAAUCCUGAUGCUAUGGAUGUUGAAAUAAUUUCUCCUGAAAGUCAAAAUGGCGAUGGAGACAUUUCUGAUAAAAAGGAUACCGAUCUCCAAUCAAUUCACGACAUCCGUGAACAUACCCGUCAGAUAGAGAAAGCUGUGCAAAGCAAAGAACCACGUUUCAUUCUGAGAGCUCUGCGUACAUUACCCAAUACGCGUAGAAGAUUAAACUCAAACGUGUUACGUGGAGUAAUUUUAAGCUUCUAUUCAAAGCCAUGCCCGGAACGUGAUGCGUUAUUGUCAUGGCUGGAAGAACCUACCGAAUCUGAAGAAACGCAAAAGCUCAGAAUCUCUGUCAUAAACCCUUUACCAGAAAUUGAUGCUUAUAUUCAUUUACUAGUUCUGGUGCAUUUAAUCGAUAGUAACAAAUAUGAAGAAGCUGUUCAGUGUUCUGAGACAUUGCUACAAAAGAUUAUUGCUCAAAAUAGGCGUACCAUCGAUUUGAUUGCUGCAAAAUGUUAUUUUUAUUAUUCAAGAGCAUACGAACUAGUUGGAAGAUUGGAUAAGAUUCGUGGAUUAUUACAUUUGAGAUUGAGAACAGCAACAUUGAGAAAUGAUUUUGAAGGACAGGCAGUAUUGAUUAAUUGUUUACUGAGAAAUUAUUUGCAUUAUAAUUUGUACGACCAAGCGGACAAACUUGUUCUCAAAUCAACUUUCCCAGAAUCUGCGAGUAAUAAUGAAUGGGCUAGAUUUUUGUAUUAUUUGGGACGUAUUAAAGCAGCAAGAUUAGAAUAUUCUGCUGCACACAAAUACUUAGUACAAGCUCUCAGGAAGGCUCCACAAAGCACUGCGGUAGGUUUUCGUCAAACAGUUCAGAAAUUAGCUGUAACUGUGGAACUUCUACUCGGAGAUAUCCCUGAACGUCAGACGUUCAGACAAGCAGCUAUGCGUCGUGCUUUAGCUCCAUAUUUUCAAUUAACACAAGCCGUACGUUUAGGAAAUCUUCAACGUUUUGGGGAAGUUUUAGAAAACUUUGGACCACAAUUUAGGGCGGAUCACACGUUCACUUUGAUCCUCAGAUUGAGACACAAUGUCAUUAAAACUGCAAUUAGAUCAAUUGGACUGUCAUACUCCAGAAUUUCCCCCUCAGACAUUGCAAAGAAGUUGGGUUUAGAUUCUAGCGUUGAUGCAGAGUUUAUUGUUGCUAAAGCUAUAAGAGAUGGUGUAAUUGAAGCCACCCUAGAACCAGAAAACGGAUACAUGCGUAGCAAAGAAACUACUGACAUUUAUUGCACUAAAGAGCCGUUACUAGCGUUCCAUCAGAGAAUUACUUUCUGUUUAGACUUACACAAUCAAAGUGUUAAAGCUAUGAGAUAUCCUCCAAAGUCUUAUGGAAAGGAUCUUGAAUCAGCUGAAGAAAGAAGAGAAAGAGAACAGCAAGAUUUGGAACUUGCUAAAGAAAUGGCCGAAGAGGAUGAUGAUGGAUUUCCUUAAAUUGUUAAUUUUUUCCAUACAUUUAAUUAAUAAAAUCAGUUAUCAUGAAACA